UCGAAACUGCUGAAGCAAAACCACAAUCGAGCAGCAGCAAUGGAGUCUUCACAAGGACACGGAGACGGUGAAGCUAAGAGGGAAACACUUGCAGGUGCAGGAUCCUGUCAGUUUUGUCAUCUAACAGUUGGAGUGGCUGUUGUUAUAGCAGCAUUAACCCUGAUCGCAGGACUCCUAUUGUCCUUCAUUUUAUUUGUCAUAUUGGCAGCAGCACCAGAAGCAAGUCAGACAUCAAGGCAGGAACUGCUGGAGCAGCUGCAGCAGUGCCAGAAACAGCAGCGUGACGUGAACCUGAUGCUUCACACUGUCACUCAAGACUCAAGGUGCAGUUUGUGCCCUGAAAAGUGGCUGUGGUGGAUGGGACGUUGCUACUUCUUCUCAGUCGGACUGCAGGAAAAUCGGCAAUGGAAUGAGAGCGCCGAGUUCUGCCGGCAGCACAACAGCAGCCUGGUUGUAAUCGAAGACUCUGCAGAGAUGGAUUUCAUCCAAGGAGUGAUGAGGAACUUCUCCCAGGUUCCUUUCCUGUGGGUGGGACUGACAGAUGCCAAGCAGGAGGGUCAGUGGCUGUGGGGCGAUGGGAGGGCAGUCCAGCACUACAUGCAGGUGAUGGUGGAGUGGGAUUCUGAUCACAGGGACUGCGCAGACCUGAGGGGAGGCGCGAGUCUGUUCGCCGCUGACUGUGAAGAGUACGGACCGUGGGCUUGCAAGAAGGAGUACUGACACACAAUUACAAUUUAUUUUACACACAGUUUACUUCCAAUGUCAAUUUGGCACGAUACAAAAGGUAAACAAAAAGCUGUUUACAACUCUAAAAUCUAUGAAUCUUAGGAAAAGAAGCCAAAAGGGAUAGGAAUACAAGACGUUAAGUCAGCUAUAUAAAACAUUUAUUGCCAUCUGAAAGUGCAUUAUAAAGUGCAUUCAUGUACAAAGAGGCAAAAUGUCGAAAAAAUAAGCAACAUGUUGUUGCCUUCAGUUUUGGACAGAGUUAGCUUAUUCUUUAAAUUGCAGGUUUUAAAAAUAAAUCUUUCUACUUCUAUUUACCCAUUUCUGCAGUUGCUGUUUGUAGCUGCAACAUCGGAAUUGUCCUGAAAUGUAUUUGCUAUAUUUAGCACGCUAUGACUGAAAAUAUCAAUAAAGUCUUCCUG